AUGCUCGAGGCCUUUAGGUUUAUUACAGGCAGCAUUUCCAUGGCUGAAGACCCAGUUCAGUUUUCCCUCUGGGGCUCUGAGGACAAUGUGUCCUGGAUGCAUUUGUACGAUCAGAGUGACUACGCUGCUGGAGUGCCCAGUUCACGAGAGAGCCCGACCGCCUGGUACUUGGUGUCCACCACCACCACCACGGGUCCAAGCUUUGCGGAAGCUUUGCAGAAUGCGCUGGAUGCCCUGAACGCCAAGAAACUGAGCUACUUGAGCCUACUGGAUGGACUUGAGAACAUCACAGGUGGAGGUCUUCUAGCACAGAAGAUUGAUAUAGAUCCAGAUGGAACUAUCACCGCCGCUUUUGUCAUGGCACCCCCCCAAGACGAUAGUGCAGUGGUGCUUGGCUUUGGAGAUGUUCAAGUUGAAGUACCAGCUGCGACACUGGAAGCCUUCGGGGGGCCUGCCGUGGCAGUGAUGGGACUCCUAGCGCCGGGAGGCGCCCUCUUUGACAUCUUGAACAGCAGUGAACUUCAGUCAUCUCAGGACGUUGUCAGCCUGGACAUCUUUGUCAAUGGCUCUGCUAUCGGUGACCUCGCUUCUCCGAUUCACUUCACCAUUCCAGCGGAGCUUGCCGGACCUGCAGACCCUACGUGCGCCUACUUGGAUGAAGAACGCCAGGAGUGGUCCACGGUUGGAGUGUCGCUCAUCAAUGUCACGAACACGAGCCUGCUGUGUAGCACCACACAUUUGUCGCUGUUUGGUGGGAUCAUGCGAAGCAUUGAGCAGGCCUUGCUCUGCAGCAAUGCUGCUGCGAUCUUUUCCAUCGAAGGUCUACGCAGCUUGACCAGUCGUUUAUGGAUCUUUGAGUGGGCGGCGAUUCUCAAUUGGAUCAUGCUCUUGGUGGGUGCAGGGCUUUUAGGCUGUGCCCGCGUGGCCGAUCUGCGCAACCAGGAUCGCAUGGACUUGACGAGAACCAUUGCCAGCUUGAAAGCGAAUGCCAAACACUACGCACAGACCCAUGACCAGCACGCACAUCAUGGGUUGGGACACAUGUUAGAGGAGCUCUAUGACGUGCUUGACACUGGACCUGCACGUAUGAUUUACUCACAGAUGCUGCGAGUGCAGACCGGCUUCGGCCUAAAAGCUUUGGCCAAGAUCUACCAAAAGAUACGGCCACUGGUGCUGAUCUUUCUGAUGUGGAUGGUUGCGGCUUACCACAUCCUACCAUGGCCAUCCUUGGAUUCGAUCAUCGCCUAUGAGGUGAAGUUUGCAUCCUUGGAAGUCAUCGAGCGAAAGCGCUCGAGCACCCGGAAGCUCUUCAUCGUGACCAUUGAAGUGGGCGGCCGCCCGAAAAGCCGCGUGAUUUUUCAGCAGAAAGACGACGCCUUUCGUGUCACAGAGGAGUCUUUCAAAGCUACAGAAGGUCACUUGAUGUUGAUCUCUGUCUACCAAAACAAGAUGGACAAAGCCCACCUGCGUGGACAGACGGAGAUUGGCGUCAACGAGCUGUUGGUCAAUGGUUUAAGCAGCAAACUUCCCCUGCAUUUGGAUGGGCGCAGCGUUCCAAUGCAGGAAGAUGUGUUGGUGGAUGAGGUGGAAGCUGGCAUCGAGGAGGCGGAUGGACUGGCGGAAGCUGCGGAGUCUCCCGAGACCAGGGUGGAGAUUGCCCAAAUCGACGAGGAAUGCUCGGUCGAGGAGAUCUUGGCACAGACGCCGGGUUCGCCCGAAAGCUUUGCACAAGAAGCCCCAGUGGAGGUGCAUGGGUAUUGUGACAAGCUUGCGAGAGUCUCCUCUUCGACCUCACUGCCGCACGAUCGGUCGGACGAGUCCAUCCCAGCGGAAGCGGCCGCGUUCCGGGUCCGGGGCGACUUAUUGCUGGGCAGCAAGACCUGGUCGCAGAGCGUGAGGCAGGCCGCCCAGGUGCGAGCCCCUCCGACCGAGUUGAGGCGCAUCGAGGAGGUCGAAGAGCUCGAGGCGGCCGGUUUUGCCGGUGGAUCCGGGCACGUUCCGCGCACACGAAUCCCAAUGGAAUUGGGUGCCUUGUUGGCCGUCACUCUGAAGGGGGAAGUGGGCCGUCGCUGCAGGCAGAGGUCGCCAGUGCCGCCAGUGCCAGAGCUGCCACCCAUGCCAGCGCCGGCGCCAGUGCCGACUCCACGGAUCACGCCACGCGAUCCAGACACGCCACGGAGACACGAACUCUUGGAGAAGGUCAAGGACUCCAACCUGCGGGAGCUGUGCAGCAUUGCCGAGCAGCGGCAAGUUCUGGCGGUCCUCCGCAUGGGGCAAGAAGCAGGGAUCGCAAGAAGCUCGCGGAAGCAACUUCUCAUAACUUCUCAGCGUUUCCUCUCAAUUCCUCCGGAUGGGGUGUGGUGCAUCCGGCCAUGGGCCGCAUCGAGUGGCGCUGGGAGAUGGUCAUCCCUAGCUUUGUCUGUGGAGUUCCUUUGUGGUGGGAUGCUCUCAGAGCUCCAAGUGGAGAAGCAGCAAAAAGUCUAUGACAUCGAACCUGAAAUCCGGAAGGUGGGGAAGGAGGUGAUUUGUCCACGAGAUGGGAAGCUUGGGGCAGCAUAUGUGGAUGUAGCGAGGGACCCGCAUUCUGGGAGAGCUACUUGCAUGCUGUCCUACACAUGGGGUUAUGAAGUUCACACCAUUUCCAAUACUUUGAUGACUCACUGUCGGCGGCUUCGCGAGACCCCGCAGCAGAUUCGCGUGUGGAUUUGUGCCUUCUGCGUGAACCAGUGGCGGGUGCAGGAGGCAGUGGCUCAAGGGGCCAAGGUGCCCUUUGAAGACUUUCAAGCUGAGUUCGCGGACAAGGUCUUGAGGCGAGACUGCGGGUGCAAAAGGAAUGUGAUGAACAUCUUGACUGGUUCUGCCUUGGACGAGCAGCAGCUAGAUGCGCUGCUGAAGGAUCAGCUCAAAGGCGCAGAUGAGCUUGCAGUUGAGGAAGCUUGCAAGGAGAUCAACCUGCAUGUGGAUAGAUGCUUGACUGGAUUUUCUCAGAUUGGUUGGAUGUGCAACCAAAUCGGGCUGUACCAUGAGGGACUGCAAAGUCUGAACACCGGCAUCGACACAGCCCAAGCCUUCUAUGGCGCAUCUAGCAAGAUGAGCGAGUCGAAUGCCCUAGCGCUCAUUGGACUUCUUCGGGCGAAAGCCAAACUGUUGACAUACCGCGGCAUGUCCUACUCCAAGGCCAGCAAUCACCAGGCGUUUGAAGAGGACUUUGACAAUGCCUACAGGCUCUCCUGGCAGGCCAAGGAGCUGCUGGAAGAGAAUGACCUCUCAAAGACCUCUUCCCAUUAUGCUGAAGUUCUUGGGGAUCUCAGCAUUUGGCAUGGAAAGAAGGGGGAUGUAGGAGCCGCUAUUGACAUGGGGCUGCUGUCCAAGAAAGCAUUCGAAGAUAGUCACUACACCGAGACCGCGAUGUAUGGCAACAUCCUCAAGAGCAUAGGUAUCAGCUAUCAUCGCCGUGCACAGGUUGCAACGCAGGCUCAUACCCUGAGUGACCAGGCCAGUGUGGCCAGUGCAUCCACAGGUUGUGAGGAGGACUAUCGACUGGCAGGAGACAUGUACGCAGAAUCAGAGGCGUUGUUUAUCCGAAUCGCUCAGGACCGCAAUCCGUGGUACCUCGACCUGUUGACCCAGCGCGGGAAACUGCUGGGCGAGGAAGGGAAGCAGGAAGAGGCCAGGGAGAAAUUCUUGUUGGCCAAGAGGCAGUUCGAAGCACUUGGACUUCAGAAGAGUCCUCAGUACGAAGAGGUGCGAGAGCUUCUAGCCGAGGAGGAUGAGGACUGCUUCUCCACCUGA